CAUCGGCAUCGGCAUCGGCAGCGGGUACCACCACCUCUCCUCGUCCCCCGCGCGCGCGCGUCUCUCUCUCAUUUCACCUGCUCGGGAGCGCCGCCCGACCAUCCGUUCCCCCCCGAUGUAUAACAUGAUGGAGACAGAACUGAAGCCCCCGGCUCCCCAGAGCAACACGGGGGGCACGGGCAACGGCAACGCGCCCGGCGGCAACAACCAGAAAAACAGCCCCGAGCGGGUCAAGAGACCCAUGAACGCCUUCAUGGUGUGGUCGCGGGGCCAGAGGAGGAAGAUGGCGCAGGAGAACCCCAAAAUGCACAACUCGGAGAUCAGCAAGCGACUGGGCGCCGAGUGGAAACUGCUGUCGGAGAGCGAGAAGCGACCUUUCAUCGACGAAGCCAAGCGCCUGCGGGCCCUGCACAUGAAGGAGCACCCCGAUUACAAGUACCGGCCCCGGAGGAAGACCAAGACCCUGAUGAAGAAGGACAAGUACACCUUGCCCGGCGGGCUGCUGGCUCCGGGCGGCAACGGCAUGGGCGCGGGGGUCGGGCUGGGCGGCGGUUUGGGCGUCGGCGGCGGUGGCGGCGGCGGCGCGGGCGGCGGCGUGGUCAACCAGCGCAUGGACUCGUACGCCGCGCACAUGAACGGCUGGACCAACGGCGGCUACGGCAUGAUGCAGGAGCAGCUGGGCUACCAGCACCCGGGCCUGAACGCGCACAACGCGGCCCAGAUGCAGCCCAUGCACCGCUACGACAUGAGCGCGCUGCAGUACAACGGCAUGAGCGGCUCGCAGGGCUACAUGAACGGCUCGCCCACCUACUCCAUGUCCUACUCGCAGCAGAGCACCCCGGCCAUGACGGCCCUGGGCUCCAUGGGGCCCUCGUCGGUGGUCAAGUCCGAAUCGAGCAGCUCCAGCCCGCCCAUCGUCACCUCGUCCUCCCACCGCGCCGCCCCGGGCUGCCAAAGCGGCGACCUGAGGGACAUGAUCAGCAUGUACCUGCCCGGGGCGGAGGUCGGCGAGCAGACUGCCCAGACCAGACUACACAUGUCCGCCCACUACCAGAGCGCCGUGCCCGGGACGACGAUCAACGGCACGCUGCCCCUAACGCACAUGAAGCUCUAGAGGGAAGGAUGGAAGGAUGCAGGAGCGAGAUGCCCUCUUCACGCCGCUGCUGGAUCAAGUUUGCAAGACGACAAAGUGGGAGUCGCAAUCAAAUGUUUUAUUAUUGCAAUCAUCUUUUUGUACAGUAUUUAUCAAAGAAAGCUUACAAUCACAAGAAAUUGUUAAACCGCAAGAGGUUGCAUCGUUUCCCCCCCUCCCUUUAUAUACAGCAUACAUAUAAAUAUAUAUAUAUCUAUAUAGUUCUAAAAAAAAUUGAGAAAAAAAAAUUCCAAGCCAGUUCCGUAGAAAAAAUAUUCGAAUAACGGCAGAAGGAAUCGGAGCCAUCGGCUCUGCUCCAAACAAACUUUUGGAAAGAAAAGGGACAGAAGAGCAAAAAAACAGGUAACGCUGUUUUAAUUCCUACGGCUCAACAUUGACUAAUUCGUUUUUGAUUUCGUUCAGAAAUAAAUGAGGGGACCCCCCCCCCGACCCCCCCAUCCCGCCCCAACCCCCUCCGGCUCAUUCAGCUCUCUCCGAGUUAAUUUAUAUUCCCCCCGUCUCCCACUUUUCAUCCGUUUGAGCUCUGAUGCUUGUGCUCUUUUAUUUCCCCGAAUUGAUUUGUACAAUUCAUGUAUAUUGACUGUGAUAUUUUAUGUUUCUAUCUCCAAAUUCAUUCCUGUAGUUGAAUUUGGAAAAAAAGAAAAAAAAAAAGAAUUGCGGCCUGUGUUACGCAGAAGCCCAACCACUCCAUGUAUAUACUGAAACUAAUACCAUCCUUAUAACAGCUACGAUUUCAACUGAGUAUAUUUUUUUUCCAUAUGCAGUUUGAAAAGAAUAAAUUUUUUGGAAAUUUGGAUACUCGAAA